AUGAAUCCGACUUUAUACCAAGAACACAUGGAAAAAAAGAAUAUGGGUUAUAGCGAUAAAAAAGGUCUGGGUAUACAUGAACAAGGUUCCACUAGUAUUAUUGAAACAAGCAAACAGAAAGGACGUCGAGGUUUGGGAUUUUCAUUAACGGAUUUUGCUGAUGAAACAGUUAAAUGGGAUUUUAAUGAAGAUCCGGCUCUAGUUGAAGAACAAGUGCAGUGGUGUCCCUUCGUCGAAGAGACACCUCUUCAACUAGACGAUCUAAGACAAUGGCUUAAACUUGAUCAGAAAAAACGAACAAUUGACGAUGAAACACAAUUUUGUGACGAAAAUAUACUCAGGGAUCUUCUUAGCAGCAAGACUGUCUUUGAUUCGUUAUCUCAGCAAGAAAUGGAACAAGCUCGUGAAAGAAGCAAUGCAUAUGAGACUAUUCGAGGAGCAAUGUUUAUGAACAGAGCUGCGAUCAAAUUAGCGAAUAUAGAUUCUGUAUUCGGUUGGAUUUUCAGUGAUCCACAGAUACCAAAUACCCAAAAAUCACUCGUUCAACCGAGUGAACCAUUCUAUUUUGUUGAUAUGUGCGCUGGUCCUGGCGGUUUUAGUGAAUAUCUUUUGUGGCGACGAAAUUGGCGAUCAAAAGGUUUUGGUUUUACAUUAAGAGGAAAAUCAGAUUUUCGUUUACACGAUUUUUUGAUUGGAACGCCGGAAACGUUCGAUCCAUACUAUGGUGUGAAAGAUAUAGAAGGGGAUGGUGAUAUUACAAAUCCAGAGAAUCUUGAUGCUUUACAAUCAUACGUUCAUAAAUGCACAAUGGACGCCGGCGUACAUGUUGCAACAGCUGAUGGGGGCUUUUCAGUCGAAGGGCAAGAAAAUAUUCAAGAAAUUCUUAGUAAACAAUUAUAUUUAUGUCAAUUUUUGACCGCUCUUUCAGUUCUUCGUCCAGGAGGAAAUUUUGUUUGUAAAUUAUUCGAUUUAUUUACACCAUUCAGUGUUGGCCUUGUCUACUUGAUGUAUCGUACAUUUAAUCAAAUAGCGAUUCACAAACCCGUAUCAAGCCGACCAGCUAAUUCCGAACGUUAUAUUAUAUGUAAAGGCUUACGCGAGGAUGUCUGUCAUAUUGUUCGAACAUAUAUGUAUGAAAUUAAUGUGAUACAAUGUAAACAUCGAAGUGACACAGAACAAAACGAUGUACAGACAAUUGUACCUUUGCAUAUUAUCAAAUCUAAUAAAUCGUUUUAUGAUUAUAUAGUUGCAUCAAAUAAUAGACUUGGAGAACAUCAAAUUAGAAAUUUAAGAAAAAUUCGUACUUUCGUCAGCAAUUCAAAACUUAUUGAUCCUCGCCAAUCUGAUAUACGACAACAAUGUCUCAGUUUAUGGAAGAUUCCAGAUAAUCAGAGACCAAGACGUCGAGCAUUUUUUUGUAAUGCUCUUGAUCAGGGAAUUGAUAAUUAUAUUCUGAAUACGCCUAAUUUACUGAAAAAAUGUGUUUUAAAUCAAAAUCAAAUUGUCUCAUUGUUCGAUUAUCGAUGCGUAUUGUCACUAGGUGAUCCUGUGUUACUAUUGAGUUGUGGAGGUCGUACACUUCGGAAAAAAUCAGCAAUAUACAUAGUAGAUGCUUAUUUUAUUGGUGAUGAAAAUAUCCUUAUGAAUAAUGAGCGCCCUGUUGUGUUCAUGGAACGAUUUCGCCUUAUGAAACUAUUCGAAAGAGCCAUUAAUAAGCCGGCUCGUUUGGAUCUCGUACCCAUACGGAUUAGUGAACAGUUAAGAUGUGAACAUUUAGACUCAAGCAUCGAAAAGUUAUGUCAAUCUGGUCAGUAUGAUCAAAUUGAUAAUGAAAAACUUUGGUAUGUUAAUGAACAUGUCGAAAAUAAACCACGAGUACAAGUCCGUGGAAUAUGGUUUUUCAAAUUUGUUCAACAUCCAUGGACGAUAUUAUUGAGUCGUUCAAGACAUCACAAAUAUUUUUAUAAUCAAAACACACGUAUAGCAGAGAAUGAGGCACCAUCGGAUUCUUCACAUGUGGCUUGUUUGAGAUCGAUGCUUGAAAAUAGUUUUUAUUGGGAUUUUUCUAAUCGUGAUGACAUUGUAACAAAAUCCCAUAUGAUUUCGUUUAUUCGAAAUAAAAAUCGUGAUCAGCAACAAUCAUCCUCAAAACAUUAA